UCGAUAGUUUCAUCAUCAAAAAGCAAAGCCUGGAGGCGCUAGACACCUGUGAAUGUGAUGCCAUGCCGUGAUUUCAAAUUUGCCGAUCGUUCCUAAAAUUUAUCUUUUUACGAUAAUAAAAUAGCUAAAGCGUUCGUAUAAUAUAUUGUUUUAAAGCUGCAGUUUAAUGAAAAGAAUGCUACUUACAAUUUCUGAUAAUUUUGCACAUCAUGCUUAAAACCCUAUAUGAAAUUUAAAAUGUUAUAGCAAUUUCUCUCAUUUUCAUUGUCACAGGAACUAUCAAAUCGCAAAAAUUCCUUUUUAACUUGGACUCUGUGUAUUUUUGUCUUGAGGAGGUCCUCAUUGAGUUCCAUUGUCAUCGCCUAAAUUUUCUGUUUUUUAUUUUAAUACCUAAAUUUUUCCGUCGUUUAAUUCUCCGUCUCCACUCUCCAACGCCAAACCCUAGUUUUAAUUGACUUGUAUAUACAUCUCUCAAUGCAUUUCUUUGUCUAUCGGUAGUUUUUGUUAUCAAAGAAUAUUUCUUCAAUCAUUUUGUUUAAAUCUUCUCUUUCCCUUUCCCCCCCUCCUGGUGUGGUCUCGGAGGGGUCAAGUUUUGAAGAUGGAUAUCGAGCAAAAUCAAGCUGAGUUAAUUGAUAACUUCGUAAAGCAAGCGUCGGCUCAGAAGGGAACCGCCCUUGGUUCCGUAAUCCUCGAAGCGACGUCACAUCCUUCCCUCUUUGCCUUCUCCGAGAUUCUUGCCGUGCCCACAAUCGCUGAGCUUGAAGGAACUGAAAACUCGGUGUACCUCAAGGUGCUUCAGUUGUUUGCCCAUGGCACAUGGAGUGAUUACAAGAGCAACUGUUCCAGUCUUCCUCAAUUGGUCCCUGAUCAAGUUCUCAAGCUAAAGCAACUCACUGUCCUUACACUAGCUGAGACAAAUAAGGUACUACCAUAUGAUGAACUAAUGAUGGAGUUAGAUGUCACGAAUGUCCGUGAACUGGAAGAUUUUCUUAUCAAUGAGUGCAUGUAUGCGGGUAUAGUAAGAGGAAAGCUGGAUCAGCUGCGAAGAUGUUUUGAGAUCCAAUUUGCUGCUGGGAGGGAUUUGAGGCCAGGACAACUUGGGAGUAUGAUACAAACACUAUCAAACUGGUUGGGCACAUCAGACAAUUUACUGGUCUCAAUUCAAGAGGAGAUAAAAUGGGCUGAUACUAUGAGUGAGUUGGACAAAAAACAUCGAAAGGAGGUUGAAGAUAGGGUGGAAGAAGUAAAAAAGUCUUUAUCUGUCAAGAAGUUACAAACUGUAAGCAGGCCGAAGUUGAGUUCCGAGGGCUCGAGGAUAUCUACUCUGAACCUGGUGGAGUGAUGGACUAUGAAGAGGACCGAAGCCGACCAAAGAGGAGACGACAUCCAAGAUCAUGAAGAUAGAGAAUGCAACCGAUGGACCCGAUGUUUAGUUGAGCAGCCAGAUUUUGUUGACAACCUUUCAGCAACAGAUGAUUCUGCUUUUGAGACAGUGAUAAUGCUGCCUGCUUUUGUGAUUGUUGCUUUAAAAUUUGAGAAAUACGAACUUGUGUUGAAACCUUUGUUUAUUCCUUUUUGAGUUGGGAAGGAAGGACUUGAUCUGGUGGUGCGGCUAAAGAAUUACCCAAGAUUUAAAAUUCAAGUUAUUGUAACUUUUGAUUCUGACCUUCAUACAUACUGCACCAUGAAGAAUCCUUAUAUACAGCUUUAUGUUUCUUUUCGUAAA